AUGCAUGGACCGCCCGAUGUCUUUCCACACAAUGAAGACCUUAGUGGACCGGGGUCUUCCCACACAAUGAAGGCCUUAAUCAGAAAAGAAUUCCCGACCUCAAUGUGCAACGAAAUUAAAGCUCGAAAGAGAAUUCCAGACAUUACCAACGGAACUCAAAGCUCGAACAAAAGAGAAACAGUGGACAGUGGCACUCUCCGACAUAGCCGACUAGCCAAGAAUCAGAAACAGUGGACAGUGGCACUCUUCGAUAUAGCAAAGGAGAAACAGUGGACAGUGGCACUCUCCGAUAUAGCCCCAAGGAGAAACAGUGGACAGUGGCACUCUCCGACAUGCAACGAACUUAAAGUUCGAACAAAGGAAAAACAAGGAGAAAUAGUGGACAGUGGCACUCUCCGACAUACCCGGCGGCGAGAAUCGAAGCCGUUGCUGAGUUUAGACUACGUAUCGGACAGAGCCGUUGCUGAGUUUAGACUACGUAGCCGUUGA